AUGCUUUUGACUAUUGUAGAUUUCAUCAUUUGCCUUAUGUUCAAUUCAACCGUUACAAGCGAAAUUAUAGCUUACAUUGCUGAAGAAGACGAUUUGGAAGCCCCCGUCAUCCUUCAGCAUCUGAAUAUGUCUCGGAUGUAUCACUCUUAUAAACUGAAAGUAGAUGAUGUUAUUGUCGAGCACAUAUUUGUCAUGAAUGGAACACCUUCAAACAAAUUUUCUAAGUCUAUCAGUAAGGCCGAUCUCCUGAUCAGUAUUUGUAAAUCUGAAGAAGGUCGUCAACUAGUGAUAAGAUCAUCACAGGAAGCUGGCAUACCAACAGUCCAUAUCAUUAGGAGCAGCUGGACGUCAAUAGAUGACCAGAUUAUUGGCAAAGCUUCCAAGAAUCAGAUUUUUUUGGUUCCUACGCUUACUGUGUUCAAUAAUGCCAUUUUGGAUAUCCUGCCGAGUCUAGACAUCUUGCCCAAUACGACAGUUUUGUUCGAGCGUGCGUACGGAAACAUGGAAAGUGUGCAAGAAGUAUUUGGCAGGCUACCAGUCCCCAUGGAUUUUGUCCAAAUUGAAGAAGAUCCAAAGAAACGUCAAGAACAAAUCAAGAACGUCGUCGAGUCGGGACGCGUUAUCAUAGUCGCUGAAACAGCUUUGGUUGUGAUGCUUGUGAGGGAGUUACAGUUGAGCGAGAUGGCUGAGGAAACUCCAAGUCUCAUUGUGUUCACAAAGGAUAUCACUCCUUUUCGAUGUGAUGAAUGCAACUCCACAGACCUAUUUUGGAUUAGGCCUUAUGCAACUGGAAGUCCUAAUAUGCGGUUCUUGAGAGAUUUCAUCAGUGCUCAGUUUGGUUCUGAACUCAAUUACUCUACAAAAGCUUGGGAAGAGGUUGAAAUUGCAUUUUACCUUGACGUUAUGCGUCUGGUGUUAGAAACACUGACGAGGAAACGAUCGAAUACUACUCUCUCUUCCAUAUCCAAGGACGUUACCUACGUUUUUGCUGAUGUGUUAGACGUGCUUAACAAUUCUAUGCCGCAGUUCGGAGGGUACAAGCAGUUUGACGCUACUGCAACAAUUUUUUACCAGAAUAUUUUGGCCAAGGUCAUUAGAACUGAGAGGACAAGCGAUCACCCAGAAGAGACUUAUAAUAAGGAGAUUGCUUCUUGGACAACCGUGGACAAGCUCACGCUACUCUACGACAGUCUUGACAUAGAUAUUAAGACCAUAGAAACUUAUCGUAUCGUUACUGCGGCUCAAGAACCAUUCAUUCAACUGAGCGAGGAUCCCGAUAAGCCCUUUGAAGGCUACUGUAUUGAUCUCAUAGAGCUGAUUCGCGAAGAGCUGAAUUUCACGUAUACCAUCUACGGAGUGGAAGAUGGAUCAUUUGGCGAAGGUGAUCAAAACGGUAACUGGGACGGUAUUAUUGGUGCACUGUUGUCGGGAUCCGCAGACAUUGCUUUGGGUCCUAUAAGUGUGACCGCGGAGCGCGAGAAUGUUGUUGACUUCACAGUGCCUUACUAUGACCUCGUCGGUAAUUCUAUUCUGAUGAGAAAACCUGAAGUGAAACAUUCUCUGUUUAAGUUUAUGCAGGUAUUGGAGUGGCCUGUAUGGGUGUGCAUAGUGGCUGCUUAUAUUGUAAUGAGCAUCGCUCUUUGGCUCUUUGAUCGAAUCAGUCCAUACUCUUAUACCAACAACAAGAAGAAGUAA